CGACAACAAUAAUCCGACAACCAACUCAUCGACACUCCUUUCAAAUUUCACAAUGCAAUUCGCCAAGUUCCUUUCCCUGGCCAUCGUGGCCAUCGUUCCCGCUUUGGCCGCGACUGACGCUGCCCUCGAAAACACCGAGGCCUCCCUCUACCCGCUUGAAUUCUACCACGGCGCUCCUACCUGGAGUAACGGUGAUGGCUCUUGCUUCUCCUCUUCCUCGGGUGUCAUCCACUCCGUCAAGCUCGUCCACGGCCUGACUUGCAACUUGUACUUCAAACCCGACUGCAACGGCGACCCCUUCCCUCUCAAGGGCGAUACUCCCUCCGUCUUGCACGAGCACGCCCUGAAGCUACGGAACCGUGGCUACGACCUCUACACCACUCUCGACAUCGAGCACGUCCGCCACAUCAAGGAGAAAUACUGCUACGUAUCGCCGGACUAUGAGUCCGAUGCCAUGACAUGUAAAUCAGCACCGGCAGCCUACGAACGCUCAUACACCCUACCUGACGGACAGAAUGUAACCAUCGGAUCAGAGCGCUUCGAGACCGGUGAAGCGUUUUUCGACCCCUGCUUGAUAGGGUUGGACACUGCACCUUUAAGAUCACAUGUGCGGCAUGCCAUUACAAAUGAUGAUAAGGAUCUUGAGAACAUUCUAAGCUGGAAUAUCGUACUGGCCGGCGGCACCGCCCUUCUUCCCGGGCUGGCUACGGCCUUCCAAAAAAACAGGUGGAUGAAGGCACUGGGAAUCAUAAAGGGGUUCCGGUUGAAGGUUUCACGCCGCCAAACCCGCAUCUGCAUCGGGACAUUUCAAACGUAUUACGAAACAACCUUGUUAAAGGACUACUCGACCAGUACCAUCGCGUGGAUUCCAUCCCUGGAAGUAUUUUUCAUGUUCUUCAUGGGCCCUAUCGUCGGAACACUAAGCGACAUGCUCGGCGCCCGGGUCGUCAUCAUCGCCGGCUCAAUUCUCCAUGUCUUCGGACUCAUGAUGGCCUCUAUUUCCACGGAAUACUACCAAAUUCUCCUCUCGCAAGGCGUCUGCAGUGCCAUGGGCCUCUGUGCAAUCUUCCAACCCUCCAUGAGUUCCAUCCCUAGCUGGUUCGACAAAAAGCGCGGCGCGGCGUAUGGCAUUGUUGCCUCUGGGUCGAGUGUCGGGGGCAUUAUCUUCCCGAUCAUGGUGAGUCGGUUGAUUGAGCGGGUCGGGUAUGGCUGGGCGAUGCGGAUUGCGGCGUUUGUGAUUCUGGGCUUGUUGGUGGUGACGUGUGUGACUGUGCGGAGCAGGACAGGGCCGGUGAGGCAGCAGAUGGAGAAGGAGGCGUUGAUGAGGCCGUAUCGGGAUGGGAGGAUGAGGGUUUUGGUGGCCGGGUUUGUGUUGUUGACUUUUGGGGUGUUUAUUCCCGUGGAUUUUUUGGAGACGGCCGCUUUGGCGGAUGGGAUGGGGGAGUCGUUGGCGCAGUAUUUGUUGGCGAUGCUGAAUGCUGGGGGUCUGGUUGGUCGGAUGGGGGCUGGUGCGUUCUCGGAUCAAGUUGGGCCGUAUAAUAUCUUCGUGGUGGUGUGUACGAUCACGGGGAUUUUGGUCCUCGCGCUUUGGAUCCCCGCGACGACUGAUGCUGGGAGUAUCGUCUUUGGGAUUCUCUUUGGCAUUACCUCCGGUGCUUAUUUCUCCUUGUCGGCGGCGCUGGUGGCGAAGAUUGCGCCGCUUCGGGAGAUUGGCUACUGGACUGGAGUGCUCUUCUUGUUUGCGUCUAUUGGAGGUUUGACCACCAGUCCCAUAGCGGGCGCGAUUCUGCAGCAUGACCAUGGCUCGUUCGUUGGGAUGAAGGUCUAUUCGGGCGUCUUUUUGCUGGCAGGGAGUGUGCUGGUCCUGAUGACGCGCAUUCGUCAGACGGGAUGGGUAGUGAGGGUGAAGUGUUGA